AUGGAGGAUUUAACCUAUAAAGCCAAACUCGCUGAACAAGCAGAAAGGUACGACGACAUGAUCAACGUUAUGAAAAACGUGAUAAGGCAAGCCACCGAACUCAACGUAGAUCAGCGUAACUUGCUUAGUGUUGGCUACAAAAACGUGGUAGGAGUCCGAAGAACAGCUUGGCGCACAAUUUCAGCCCUUGAAGAAAAAGAAGAAUCUCGCGGAAACGCUAAAAGAGUGGAAUUAGCCCGUGCAUACCGUCUGAAAAUCGAAGAAGAACUCAAUAGAACUUGUCAAGAAAUUCUAGAUCUGAUCACUGAGGUCCUCAGCAAGAAACAAAACACAAAUGAAGGCAGAGUCUUUUUCUUGAAGAUGCAAGGAGAUUACUACAGGUACAUGGCAGAGUACCAGACUGCUGGAGGAAAUAAGGCUAAGUACGGGACCACUGCUGCGGAUAAUGCUCACCGUGUUUAUCAAGAAGCAAUGGAUCUUGCAAGUGCUGAACUUCCCCCAACCCAUCCUAUUAGGUUAGGACUUGCACUGAAUUACUCAGUUUUCCACUAUGAAGUCAAGGAAAACCCUACUGAUGCCUGCAACAUGGCGAGAACUGCCUUUGACCAAGCCAUUGCAGAGCUUGAUAACUUAGACGAAGACCAAUACAAGGACAGCACCACCAUUAUGCAGCUUAUUAGAGACAAUCUGACACUUUGGACAUCAGAAAUGAAUGAAGAGCCUAAAGACGGCACAAAUGUCGAAGAUCUUUAG